AAACAUAUGUAAACAAAAGUGAAAUUUUGGGAACUGCGUUCUUGAAAAAAAAUAGACAUUUUGCUUGCAAAAGAGAAUAAACAAUGCAAUUGGGAAUAUAAUAAUUGAAAUUAAAGUGCCUGGGAAUUUUACCAUUACAAAAGCAAGCAUAUAAAUUUGAAUUAGGACGAGAAAACAGCCAUAAACAUGGACUGCGCACCACUGAACUUGGCCCAUUUUCACGAGCGAAGGUCGGAGCGCUUUAUUCGCAAUCACCGCUAUGAGGAGGCCAUUAAGGCGCUGGAAACAUCCCUAAUCUACAUGCAGGAUGCCCAAAAACGGGUGGCUCUGCCCAAAUCCAAGGAAGUUCUGGACACAUUAACCAUCGAUUUUCAGCGCAAACUGCGUCAAAUCGAGAUGCGAAAAACGCAGCACGGCCUGAACAAGUUGAAGGACUAUGCUCCCUUGAAGGAAACCAGUCCCAUGUUGCCCCUGCGUCCGGAAGCCGGAGCAAGUGGAGCAGGAGGAUCGGCCCAAUCCGUGGCCAAGGCAAUCGACAAAACAGUGCAGGACUUCGAUGCCAAGUUUACCUCUACUCUGGUGGCAAAGGCCUCCAACACACUGGCCAACUCGGAGCCCCAAAUGGAGACGCUGAGGCAGAGCGAUUCUGCCAAGGAGGAGCACGAACGCGAUCCCUAUGAUCAACGGCUGGGCGGCAGCGGUGACCUGGACUUGCCCUCCCUGGCUCCCUUGGAGCUGCCUUCCUUCGACUACAGCUUGUUCACCAGCUCCUCGGCUCCUUCGCUGGCCAGCUAUGCCGGCAUGGCUGAGAGCUUCCAGAAAUAGGAAUAGAAACU